AUGCCAUGGAUUGCCACCGUCAGCCUUCUCAUCCCUAUGCUCGUUGACUUCGCCGACGAUGAAGAUUAUCAAAUGUUCUGGCGACGUGACCGCACCAUCCAGCGUGAAAGAUGGAUGGACCGCUUCCUUCACCUCUCGCCAGAGCAUCUGUACGAUGCUCUCCGGGUCGACCGGAAUGUCUUCAGCUACCUCUGCCGCGCCUGGGCCGAUCGUCUCAUCGACACGGGGAAGAAGGCGUGCAACGUCAUGCUGCACGUCGCCAUGGUGCUUGUGCGGUUUGGAAGCGGGAUGACAUAUCGUGAACUCGGCCUGCUAUUCGGGUACAGUCACAUCCGCGUGCAUCAGGUGGUCCAGGCAUGGAUCGAGUUCAAUAGCGACUACCUCAUGGAGGAGUGGAUACGGUGGCCAGAUGAGGACGACAUGGCGUUGUCGGAAGACGACUUCCAAUUUGACAGCGGCAUACCGGGGAUUGUUGGAGCAAUGGACGGUACGGUGAUCGUAAGCGACGCCGCCUACGGCUUGAAGGACUAUACCUACGUCCCCUACCACGCUACUCCCGGCCAGCUUCUACCCGAUGCGCAGGCCGUGUGGAACAAGCAACAGUCAAGGGCCCGGAUGAUAGUAGAGCAGAUGAACGGCCGCCUCAAAACGAAGUGGCGAAUCCUCGACGGCCGCAUGGAGUGCCAUCGCUGCCACGUUCCCGCCACCAUCGCGGCCGUUGUAACCCUGCACAACAUCGAGCUUAUUCUCGGGACGCCCUACCGCAUGGAGGCUCCCUACCCCCGGAAUCGGUGGUGGCUCCGCGGGCCUGCCGCCGACCUUGUUCACACGGGGCGGGAGAUCGAAGGAUUCACGGCCGUUCAUCGUCGGAAUCGAUUUUGCGCUUACCUUUACGCGUCGUGGCGUCUUGGUCAUCCCGAGAUGACGCGUCCGCUUCUCGGGUACGUUCGAAGAGUUGUGUCAUGGUUGCUUGAACUACCGUCGUCAGCUCCUUCGUCAUCUCUCUGCAAACUUCCCGCACCCAUCCGCGCUUGGCAUUUCGGCGCCCUCUAG